AUGAGUGGGGCCAAACCUAUUAUUGCACAUCGUCUACCGGUAUCCGUUCUUGUCAAUGAAGAAGGACUGAUAGCGCCAGAAGCCAUUGGCCCGAGCAAGUUUGCGGUAACGUGGUCUGCUGAACCUCCCCCUCCUGUACUUGCACCUCUUGUACAAGCUGCAGAGCGCCAAGUUGUCCUCAGUUCAUCUGACGGGGAAUCUGAUUUUUCAGAGAAAGAUAUCUGCUCGUUGGGAGAGAAGCAAUCACCGGCCGAGCUUUCUGACGAAUUUGAAAGUUCGGUGAGCCAACGCAUUCGGCUUCAGCAACUCGCUGGGCCUCACCACCACGAUGAAAAUCCGAUUAUUCCACGUUUUUCUCCCCUUCCCACAGAUGCCACCGUCGAAUCCUCUCGGUUCCACGAACUUUCAUUGGAACUCGCGGACUCUGUUCAGAUGGUCGUCCAGACGCUUUUACAAGUCUCGCCAACACAAAUCCUCGACCCGGCGAAAGAGCAAUUUGCAGCUUGCUCCCUCUCGGUCCCCACCGCCUGCAUGUCUGCCGUAUUCACGACGAUGAAGAACCUCAAUUACAUUUCUGCGAAUAUGUCAGAUCUAUGUGCUGACACGUUCAACCCUGCUCAUUCCAGCAAUUCUACUUUGAAAGCCCGCCGAUUGACUUUGCCUGGACCACCUGUUACUGCAGUCACCGACUUUGACAUUGGGGAGAUGCUGCAAGGAGUUGGAGAUGCAUCGAGUGGGAGGGCUGCUGAAGUUGGUGUAGAUCUGGUCUUAUUCCAUGGUGACGUCGGGAUGAGGCACGUUGCGGUCAAGGGGGGUAGAGUUAUCGCUUCGUCAAGCUUUUUGGGCUUAAAUAUGUCACCCUCCACAGAGAGACCAAAUUCGACAGCCAGUGGUGUCUCUUCGCCCAUCCCCAUAGAUGAGGGUGAAACCUUGCACUGCACGUUCGAAAUCCAUCACCGUUUUCAUUCGCUGGAUGUGCCAACGGAUGUCACGACGCCUACCAAAACAAGCCCUUCUGGGGUUCCAGAGCGCCGAGAGCCGACCUUUGAUUCAAUGCUGUUCCGCAGGUUACUUCUUCGAUGCGGCGCGUCGCUUUCAUCCGAGGUCCCUGAUGACAUAAACCUUGAACUUCAGCGCGGUUCGCCAGAUGCGAUUAUUGCUAAAUAUUCUGCAAUUGGGGUUCGGUUAGGAACGGAGCCGUCUCUCGAAGAGCUUGCUCAAUUCGCUGAAACUUUGCGCGGAAAGAAGGUCACCUUGUAUGCAAGCACCGCAAGCUCCUUUGCACAUCACCUGACGAGCUAUCUCACUGCUUGGGGGUUGGAUGUCAGUCACUUAUCGUCAGAGGCUGACGUCGAUGGCAGUCCAGGCGCUAAUGAAGCUCCUGCCCCUCCAUGCCGAGAGCGUGGAUCGCAAGAGCCUCGAGCCCCAUCCGCGAACGGCACUCCACGCUUAGCUCCGUCGUUGUCAUUCGUAAUGAUCGAUGACGAUGUCUCCGUUCUUCGGGAGAGGUUGCGCAAGUACAGAGCAGAGCAGCCAAUACCUCUCAGCAUUCACUCUCGGAAACGACCAUCUCUAGCUGCUCACCACCGCCCAAAGUCAUCGCCACAAGUAGCCCGUACUCUAGGCUUCGGAUCACAGGCCCCACCGCAACAAACACCCGUAGUAGUAGUUCACUUCACCAGCCUAGCCAAUUACAAAUUGGUCAAGGAGAUCAUACAAUUCGAUCUCGCUUCUCACUCCUAUCCAGCAUGUCCACCCGAAGUUAUGAUUAUUCCUAAGCCCGCGGGUCCACGCAGGUUCCUCACUGCGCUGCACACUGCUGUUACUAAGCCUAUCGUCGAUCCAUUCUUUGCCCCAAUUGCUACCUCACCACUGAGCCCUGGUUUGCACAGUUCUCCCUUCUUCAAUUUAACUCAGACAAGCCCCAAAUCCCCUUCUUCUCGUCCAUCGAAUUCAUCACGAUCCAACUCCGAGAAAUCUACGCGAUCUGCAAGGGACAGUACAAGUGAACAUCACUCGCACGCACCUCCAUCACCCCUCGGUCUCGCGGAUAACAUGGAGUAUUUCCCUGAAACUCAUAGCCCUGUAAGGCUUGGUCAGACACCAUCCUCCGGACUUGUAAUUUCGAGCCCCGACGGACAGCCAACAGGCAUUAUCUUCCAACCGCUCGAUCGGGAUAAGCCGCAGUUUCUACUAUCCAGUUCCGAACGGCUACGGGGGACCUCCCGCCGCCCAUCGGACGGUGAACAGAAGAAGCAAGGUCAAUUGCCACUCUCGUUUGCAUCUUUGCACUCCAAUGCACCUCCCGCUCGGCGAGCAGCAUCUCCUACCGAGGGAAAGGGGAAACGAGCAACCUCCCCCCAGGCAGAUGAACUUGCCCCUUCAUCACCGCUAUCUCCCCCAUCGCGUAACACAAGCGCGGUCGAUAUAAGGAAGGCUUCUUCCCCUCCAAGUUCUCCAGUAGCGCCGGACUCUCAACUUAAUGGACAACCUGAUACAAGCAUCAUACCUCCGAUUAGCGUGCUCAUCGUUGAUGAUAAUCCAAUUAAUCAGACCAUUCUGUCAACCUUCAUGAGGAGGAAAAAGAUUAAGUAUGACGUGGCCAAGAAUGGAGAAGAGGCGGUGCAGAAGUGGGAGAAUGGCGGUUUUCACUUAAUUUUGAUGGACAUUCAAAUGCCUGUUAUGGACGGCAUACAAGCGACGAAAGAGAUUAGAAGAUUAGAGAGUUUGACAGCUUCUUCAGGCUACACUCCAGGCACACCCCUGUCUGACACACUUUCAGAAGGGGCAUUCUCCGAGUCUCGUGCUUCAGCAUCGCCCUACCGUUCCGCCGUCAUUAUCGUAGCUCUCACUGCCUCAUCCCUCCAGAGUGACAGAGUGGCAGCCCUUGCGGCAGGAUGCAACGAUUUCCUGACCAAGCCUGUGUCUUUGGAGUGGCUGAACAACAAGAUUAUCGAGUGGGGGUCGAUUAAGGCUUUGCAGAUGUGGGCUGACCUGCGGCCGGAGGUGGUGAAAACCAUCUCGACUGAGCAGACGGCUCAAGCCCAACUUGUGGCUCGUCUACUUCACGUUCCCGAGGGUCGAACGACUCCAAUCAGCUCUCUGAGCAGAUCGCCAUCGAAAGCUAGAGGAGACAAAAGCGAUCCCCUUCCGCUCAUAAUCAUGACACGGAUGAUACGGUCACCCAAUCUGAAUCUACGACUGCCAAGGAAGCGCACGCGCCGACAGGUAUUUUGUUCCCACCUGGAAUGCCGCUGGAUUUGGUUUAAUGUGUUUCACAAGAUGGGGAGGAAUACCAUGAAAGCUCAUCGGAAAGGUCUUAUGCCACUGCAAGUGAAACGUCAGCGAAUGCUUCCGAAUUCCAAGAUGCGCCGACAUCGCCUCAAUGACUACGUUGGGCGACCUUCGGAAGCUUUGCGAGGCUGGCCGCGCCUAUGGUCUUACCAUUAUAUCUGA